AUGUCAAUCAUCCCCAGCUCCAACAUAUCGCGCUCUCCUUCGCCUUCGGACUCCGAAGACGACGAUGACAGUGGCGUCGUCCAAUAUCGCGAACCAAGUGAAGCUGCUCUUGAGGGAUUCCGUUUGUUUUGCAACACAAGGAAACCUAUGACACAACUUUCCCGUGCCCUCACUGUCGAUUACGAAUUGGUCAACGAUCCUUAUUAUAAUGGCCCAGAUAAACUGAGCUUUGGCUUCGGGGUCACAUCGGACACCUUGAUCCAGUAUGCACUGGAGAGGAGACUGGUCGAUCCUCGAAAGCUGACGAAGGGUGACCCAAAAUUUAUCGGCUGGGAGCGCUUCCGAGCUAUCAAUGCAGUGGUCAAACACCUAGAGUGCAUCACCGGGGCUCCCAGGCUCUAUAUCCGCUUCCCCACGUCUCCCGAUUACGAGUACAUGAUCUCUCUGUACGACAACUACUCGAAGAGGGUUGAUGAGAUGGACGAGCAGGAUGAGAAGGAAGUUCUCGAGAUAUUGAGAAAAGAGUUGAACAUCCCAGACGACGUGCCAGCGAUGUGGUGGUUUGAGAUGGAAGGCUAUUAA